GCUGUAUGACAAAUGUUCUUAUACCUCGCGUGACCGAGGAUGGGUCGUGGGCAUUCACCCCGUCAGUGACCAAGGCAACAGAGACCCACGCUACUUUUUCUCCUUGAAGACAGACCGGGCCCGUCAAGUGACCACCAUCCAUGCCCACCGCAGCUACCUCCCAGGCCAGUGGGUACACCUAGCUGCCACCUACGAUGGGAGGCUGAUGAAGCUCUAUGUGAAUGGUGCCCAAGUGGCAACCUCUGGGGAGCAAGUGGGUGGCAUAUUCAGCGUGCUGACCCAGAAAUGUAAAGUGCUCAUGUUGGGGGGCAGUGCCCUGGAUCACAACUACAGGGGCUACAUCGAGCACUUCAGUCUGUGGAAGGUGGCAAGGACUCAGCGGGAGAUACUGUCAGACAUGGAAGUCCAUGGCCUCCACACUCCUCUACCUCAGCUCCUCCUCCAGGAGAACUGGGACACUGUGAAGCGCACCUGGUCCCCCAUGAAGGAUGGCAACAGCCCCCGAGUGGAAUUCAGCAAUGCCCCCAGUUUCCUCCUGGACACGAAUUUGGAGCCCCCUCUGUGUGGGCAGACAUUGUGUGACAACACAGAGGUCAUGGCGAGCUACAACCAGCUCCCAAGUUUCCGCCAGCCCAAGGUGGUGCGCUACCGUGUGGUCAACCUCUACGACGACAGCGGUGAGAACCCGACGGUGAGCCGCGAGCAGGUUGACUUCCAGCACCGGCAGCUGGCCGAGUCCUUCAAACACUACAACAUCUCCUGGGAGCUAGAGGUGCUGGAGGUGAGCAACUCGUCCCUGCGUCACCGCCUCAUCCUGGCCAACUGUGACAUCAGCAAGAUCGGAGAUGAGAAUUGCGACCCUGAGUGCAACCACACGCUGACUGGACAUGACGGUGGGGACUGCCGCCACCUGCGCCACCCCACCUUCAUGAAGAAGCAGCAGAACGGUGUGUGUGACAUGGACUGCAACUAUGAACGCUUCAACUUUGAUUCCGGAGAGUGCUGUGACCCCGAAAUCACCGAUGUCACUAAGACUUGCUUUGAUCCUGACUCUCCACACAGAGCCUACUUGGAUGUUAAUGAGCUGAAGAACAUUCUUAGAUUGGAUGGAUCAACACACCUCAAUAUUUUCUUUGCAAACUCCUCAGAGGAGGAGUUGGCAGGAGUAGCAACUUGGCCAUGGGACAAGGAGGCCCUAAUGCACUUAGGUGGCAUUGUCUUGAACCCAUCUUUCUACGGCCUUCCUGGGCACACCCACACCAUGAUCCAUGAGAUUGGGCACAGCCUGGGCCUCUAUCACAUCUUCCGAGGCAUCUCAGAAAUCCAGUCCUGCAGUGACCCCUGCAUGGAGACAGAACCCUCCUUUGAGACCGGAGACCUCUGCAAUGACACCAACCCAGCCCCCAAACACAAGUUCUGCGGCGACCCGGGGCCGGGGAAUGACACCUGUGGUUUUCAUAGCUUCUUCAACACUCCUUACAACAACUUCAUGAGCUAUGCAGAUGACGACUGUACCGACUCCUUCACACCCAAUCAAGUCGCCAGAAUGCACUGCUACCUGGACCUGGUGUACCAGAGCUGGCAGCCCUCCAGGAAACCGGCGCCUGUCGCCCUGGCCCCCCAGGUCGUGGGCCACACGACAGACUCUGUGACAUUGGAGUGGUUCCCACCUAUUGAUGGCCACUUCUUUGAAAGAGAAUUGGGAUCAGCAUGUGACCUUUGUCUGGAAGGGAGAAUCCUGGUGCAGUAUGCUUUCAAUGCCUCCUCCCCAAUGCCCUGCGGCCCAUCUGGACACUGGAGCCCUCGAGAAGCAGAAGGUCAUCCAGAUGUUGAACAGCCCUGUAAGUCCAGUGUUCGCACCUGGAGCCCAAAUUCAGCUGUCAACCCACACACGGUCCCUCCAGCCUGCCCCGAGCCACAAGGCUGCUAUCUCGAGCUGGAAUUCCGCUAUCCCUUGGUCCCUGAGUCACUGACUGUCUGGGUGACCUUUGUCUCCAGCGACUGGGACUCUAGUGGAGCUGUCAAUGACAUCAAACUUUUGACUGUAAGUGGAAAGAACAUUUCCCUGGGCCCUCAGAACAUCUUCUGCGAUGUUCCACUGACCAUCAGACUCCAGGAUGUGGGCGAGGAGGUGUAUGGUAUCCAGAUCUACACGCUGGACGAGCACCUGGAGAUUGAUGCAGCUAUGUUGACCUCCAUUGCAGACACCCCGCUCUGCCUAGAGUGUAAGCCCUUGCAGUAUAAGGUGGUCCGGGACCCUCCUCUUCAGGCAGAUGUCGCCUCCAUCCUACAUCUCAACAGAAGAUUCUUGGACAUGGAUUUAAAACUUGGCAGUGUGUACCAGUACCGGGUCAUAACCAUUUCAGGAACUGAAGAGAGUGAGCCAUCCCCUGCUGCCAUAUACAUCCAUGGAAGUGGGUACUGUGGUGAUGGCAUUAUCCAGAAAGACAAAGGGGAGGAAUGCGAUGACAUGAAUAAGAUUAAUGGUGAUGGCUGCUCCCUUUUCUGCAGACAAGAAGUUUCCUUCAAUUGCAUUGACGAGCCCAGCCGGUGCUAUUUCCAUGAUGGUGAUGGGGUAUGUGAGGAGUUCGAACAAAAAACUAGCAUUAAGGACUGUGGAGUCUACACGCCCCAGGGGUUCCUGGAUCAAUGGGCAUCCAAUGCUUCAGUAUCCCACCAGGACCAGCAAUGCCCAGGCUGGGUCAUCAUUGGACAGCCAGCAGCAUCCCAGGUGUGUCGAACCAAGGUGAUAGAUCUCAGUGAAGGCAUUUCCCAGCACGCCUGGUACCCUUGCAUCAUCAGCUACCUUGACUCCCAGAUGACUCAGACCACUUUCUGGCUCCGGGCGUAUUUUUCUCAGCCAAUGGUUGCUGCAGCGGUCAUCAUUCACCUGGUGACCGAUGGGACCUAUUAUGGGGACCAAAAGCAGGAAUUCGUCAGCGUGCAGCUGCUUGAUACCAAAGACCAGAGCCACGAUUUAGGCCUCCAUGUCCUGAGCUGCAGGAACAAUCCCCUGAUUAUCCCGGUGGUCCAUGACCUCAGCCAGCCCUUCUACCACAGCCAGGCGGUACGUGUGAGCUUCAGUUCGCCCCUCGUCGCCAUCUCGGGGGUGGCCCUCCGCUCCUUCGACAACUUUGACCCCGUCACCCUGAGCAGCUGCCAGAGAGGGGAGACCUACAGCCCUGCUGAACAGAG